AUGGAGGAAGCACUUUACUCCCACCGAAUGUCACAAAUGAAUUUCCAGAAUACGGGACCAUGGAGGAAAGUGGAGAAGGCCUGAAUACUUCUCUUGCAUUGGACACAGCGUCCCCUGCAUGCAACCCACGAGACCAGCUUCCUGCUGGUCACCACUCUGGGCUCCACAGUAUUACAGAAGGACCAGAUGAUGUCAGAGAGCCCCCCUCUCAAAGUCACCUCAAGGAACAAAGUUUACAACCCACUGACUCUUUGAUCUCAGCUCUGAAAGACACAGAAGCCAGAAUAACUUCAGAAAUAUUACAGGUUACAAAGGUAUUGGACAAAGAUGCUGUUUCUGGUUUUUCAGUUCACCUGGUAGACAAGGAGCCAAACACUGCCAGUCACAGAACACAGAAAGCCAACAGACUGUUCCCUGACAGCCAAGAAAAAUCGCCACAUAUACCUCUUUCAGCUGAUGUAACAAUGGGGGGUAGUUUUUAUCCUAGUGUCCAGAAGGACCUGUCUACACAGUCUACUGGAGAGACUCAGGAAGUGCUUUCUCAGACAACUAGUGAUAGAAGGAAAGGGGCUCUUCAUGUGCAGGAGCCAUCUUGUCCUGUGUCCAUUCCAGGGAGCUCAGGGGCAACCCAUAACUCUACUGGUAGCAUUGGCGUUCUGAGGGACAGAAGGUCCGAUAUGGGGGGAGAACCCACAAGGAGCUCCACAGGGCGCCCCGGCCGGGUGAAACACGUGGAGUUUCAAGGGGUGGAAAUAUUGUGGACAGGAGGGGAGAAAAAAGAGGCACAAUAUCCUGUGGAUUUUGAGAUAUUGUCGGAAAGGACAGGCUCUCUUGAAGGCAAAGAGUUUUCUAGGGUGCCAGGCCAUCUUUCAGCUGCCAGCUUGUGUGAUUCAGUAACUGAGAGUGUUUGGGAUGAAACCUGGAAAGGUUCAGUUGAGAGACCUGGCACUAGCUCAGGGCCAUUUUCCCCUGCGCCUCUUGCUGAGAGUGGAGAGGAUGAAGUCUUCGUAAAGGAAAACAAAGAACAUCUUGAGAAGAAACCAGAGCUGGAGAGAGACAAGGAGAGGAUUCUUGAUCAAGAGGAGCAUUAUAGGGGAGGAGAGGAUGAUAUCCUUGGGUCCGGAUAUGCAGAGGAUUCCACUGAUGUGUACAGCUCCCAGUUUGAAACCAUUUUGGACAACACUUCUUUAUACUACAGUGCUGAAUCCUUGGAAACAUUAUACUCAGAGCCUGAUAGCUAUUUUAGCUUUGAAAUGCCCCUGACGCCAAUGAUACAGCAACGCAUCAAGGAAGGCGGUCAGUUCCUCGAGAGGACAUCAGCAGGAGGACAGCAAGACAUCCUGAGCGUCUCAGCAGAUGGUGGAAUAGUGAUGGGCUAUUCCAGCGGGAUCACCAAUGGGCUGGAUGACGCCAGUGACACCAUCUACUCGAAAGGCAUCCAGGAGAUUGCUUUCUGGGGAAGCAAUGCUGGGGUGAAAACACUACUAGAGGCUCAUUCUGAAAUGGGGAGCACUGAAAUUGUGGAAAAGGAGACCACAGAAAGUCUCAGUAAUGGUGCCAGCAGCAACGUAGAAGCCGCCAAAAGGUUGGCCAAACGCCUUUAUCAACUAGACAGAUUUAAAAGAUCGGAUGUCGCAAAGCACCUAGGCAAGAACAAUGAAUUUAGCAAACUAGUUGCUGAAGAAUAUCUGAAGUUUUUUGAUUUUACAGGAAUGACUCUGGAUCAGUCUCUCAGGUACUUCUUUAAAGCAUUUUCUCUUGUGGGAGAAACUCAAGAACGAGAGAGAGUUUUAAUACACUUCUCCAAUAGAUAUUUUUACUGCAAUCCAGAUACCAUUGCUUCACAAGAUGGAGUCCAUUGCCUGACCUGUGCAAUGAUGCUCCUUAAUACAGAUCUCCAUGGCCAUAAUAUUGGAAAGAAGAUGACCUGCCAAGAGUUCAUUGCAAACCUCCAAGGGGUAAAUGAAGGAGGUGAUUUCUCCAAAGAUCUACUAAAAGCUCUGUACAACUCAAUCAAGAAUGAGAAGCUUGAAUGGGCAGUAGAUGAUGAAGAGAAAAAAAAGUCUCCAUCAGAAGGUACUGAUGAGAAGGCUAAUGGAACACAUCCAAAGACCAUCAGUCGUAUUGGGAGUACUACCAACCCAUUCUUGGACAUUCCUCAUGAUCCAAAUGCUGCCGUGUACAAGAGCGGAUUCUUGGCUCGGAAAAUCCAUGCAGAUAUGGAUGGAAAGAAGACUCCAAGAGGAAAACGAGGGUGGAAAACAUUUUAUGCUGUGCUGAAGGGAACAGUACUUUACUUGCAAAAGGAUGAAUAUAAGCCAGAAAAGGCCCUGUCUGAAGAGGAUUUGAAAAAUGCCGUCAGUGUACAUCAUGCACUGGCAUCCAAGGCCACAGACUAUGAGAAGAAACCCAAUGUGCUUAAACUUAAAACCGCCGACUGGAGGGUCUUGCUUUUUCAAGCCCAGAGCCCAGAGGAAAUGCAGGGGUGGAUAAACAAAAUUAAUUGUGUUGCAGCUGUGUUUUCUGCACCACCAUUUCCAGCAGCGAUUGGGUCUCAGAAGAAGUUUAGUCGUCCUCUUCUGCCUGCUACCACAACAAAAUUAUCUCAGGAGGAACAGCUAAAGUCUCAUGAAAGCAAACUGAAGCAGAUCACCACCGAGCUGGCCGAGCAUCGCUCGUAUCCCCCAGACAAGAAAGUGAAAGCCAAGGAGAUAGACGAGUACAAGCUGAAAGAUCACUACCUGGAGUUUGAGAAAACCCGUUAUGAAACAUAUGUCAGUAUUCUAAAGGAAGGAGGCAAGGAUUUCCUGAUUAACAGUGAAACUGAGGCUGCUGGACUGAAGAAGUCACAUUCUAGUCCUUCACUGAACCCAGAUUCAUCCCCAGUCAUUGCCAAGGUCAAGCGUAACGUGUCUGAGAGAAAAGAUCACCGACCGGAAACACCAAGCAUUAAGCAAAAAGUUACUUAAGAGUCCAUCUGUGGCCAGGAAGUGCUGGUCAUGGAGCAAAAUAGGGUUUUCAAGAUCUUUCUGGUAAAUCCGUAAACAUAUUUAAAAAAAAAGUCUGUGACUAAAUGGUGCAUUAGUAAACUUUUCUAUUGUGUAUUUUCGUUAGUUUUCUGUACAGAUUGUCUCUUUGCUCUUGAUUUCUUUGCUCUGAUGAGUUUUGCUAUUUGAUUACUAAUGCACCUUUUUUGUGAGGGGGAGGGGAUCGUAAUUUCAGAUUGAAUUAUGUGUCUCUUCUCCUUUGGUUUUCUCUUGUUUGCACUCUGCUCAGUUGUUUCAUGUAGUCUCAGAUCAGCUGUUACACUUUUUUUUAAGGUUAAAAAUUUAAUCUAUUGUGAAACUCUUAACUGGACAAACUUCGUAGUUUAGUAAAUUCUAGCCAGAGUUAAUAUAAGCCUUUAUAUGUGAAAUCUUGCCCAGUCACAGAGGUGGAUUGAGCACUUACAGAAGUUCAACUGAGAUUGCAGUUCUGGGAAUCAAGAUGUUCCAGCGUGAUGCAGCUCUGACAGCUCUUAGUGCUUGUUGAGUUGUGACCCUGCUGGAAGCCAAGAAAGGAGGCAUGAAGAGUGCAGGACUGGAGGACCUAGAAGCACCUUCACUUGCUUGGAGGGUUGAUUCUGCUUCAGCCACACAGGGAAAGAGGAAGUAGAAUCUUUUUGCCAUUAAAGGUUGAGGAAAGAUUGACACCAAGUUCAUACUGUUUGCUGGAUGGCAAUAGCAAGAAUGGACUCUUGGGGAACUGUGGUGGUGGCCUGUGUUUGAUCUGCAGGAAAGUGUUACACCCCCCCCACCCCCACCCUUGGGGUAUAGACUAGGAAUCCAGAAUCAUCUUUGUUACCAGUACCCUGCCAUUCAGAAAUAAGUUCUUUUUUUUUUUAUAUAUAACACAUAUAUAGAUGUGGAGUUAUCUCCUGGUUGUAAGAAUAGUGGGGUCUUCCUAACAAAAUUAUGUUGAAAAUGGAACCCCUUUUGUUCUUUCUUUAAUCAAGACAAAAUAAGAGAGGGAAAAGUAGUUACAUUUGUCCAGCAAUAAAAUAGCAACCCUUUAAAUUAAAUCUGAAAGGAGGAAACCGUCUGAAUGAAUUGUGGUUGGAAAACAAAAUUCUGGUGGUUACGUAUGCAGAGUUACCUAUGCUGUUCUUUUCUGUCUCUGACAGCCGCUGUGCUCUGCUACUACUUAACUUUCUCCUUAAGAUAAAGUCUUUAUCUCAUUUCAAUCAUUUCUUCCUGUCUACUCAAAAUAAUUCUAUCACCCUUAUAAUCAUGAGCAUGUUCCAGAGACAGCUCUUUGAAAUUCAGAUGGUAAACAGAACAUUCUCUUGUCGAGAAAGAGAAAGGAGUGAAAAUUGAGUCCUUUAUGAGUUAGAACUUGAUGACUCUGAACCCUUAAAACCUUGUGACCCUUAAGACUGUAAUGUCCACAAAUGACACAACUUAAGAAUGAAUGGAAUCACUUUCUAUGCCUUUUCCCACCUACAGAAAUUUGCUUUAGUUCUACUCAGUUUAUUAAAUAAAGGUACUAUGACCAAAGAAUCCGAGGCCCACAUGAAUAGCAUGGUCCUGGCCCAUUAGAAGAAACCUGCUAUUAAACCCUGAUAGCUCCUAAUGGCAUAUUGGUCUCAUGUAUCAGCAUUAUUUCUAGGAUUAUUUAUUAACAUUCUGUUCCUCCAUCUAUAAAUGCCCAUUUGUACUGGUGCCCAGAAAAGAGUAACCCUUCUCCAAGGUUGCUUUCCGUGUGAUGUCUUUUGCCACGCCUUUGAAAAACGUGUUCUUGCUUAGGUGAAGGCAAGGACUAAACUGAUGUCUGAAAACUAAGAAACAACAGGGCAGUUACCGUCUGGGCUGGUACCUGAUUCUCUGACUCUAAGAUUUUCGCAAGGGAAUCAUCUUUCUUCCUGUUUGUGUGCUGCCUAGUUACUUAUCCUCAACAAAAGGGAAAGAGGCGAAUAGGUGUUAUCUCGUGAGUUUCAGUAGCUAAAGAAAAUAAACACCCCUGACUGCUUGAAUGUGUCUGCCCACAGCGUUAGUGUGUCUAUGUUUAUAGAAUGUCUCAGUGACUUAAUUAUAGUGUAUAAUAGACAUGGAAUGGUACCUAGCCGCAGUGAUUCUGACAUGUAAAAUGGUUCUGAAAUAGUGGCUUAGCCUCAGCACCACUAUAGCUCUGUUCCCGUUAUAGGACAGGAUUCACCAAUAUUACCUCCAGGAACUUCAGGAUAAGCUAACUGGAUGAGAAGGGUGCUUUUGAAGCCUCAGUGUACCACAUUUGCAUAGGUUCACUUUAAAAACAAUGGCAAAACUUGUUUUGUGAGCCAGCAUACCAGAUUGUCCAGCCGGAAGUCAUCCAUCUUUUGGAGCUGGGCUCAGAACACCUCUCCCCUGAAACCUCUGGAGAUCUUGUCUGUUGGUGCACCUUGUAGUCCAAGAAUUUGUCCUAUGCUUGAAAAUGGCCCCUGAUUUGACCAGAUUCUCAAAUCUUGCCCAUAGCUAGCUACAUUUUCUUUUGUGAUGAGUUCUGUCCUAUGGCAUCUAGUCAGAAGAGAUUGAAGACAUUUCCUUUCACGUCGACUUCAAGCCUAACUUCAUGGUACAGGGGAGUGCUCCUCAUCCCUUCUGUCUAAUGGUACUCCUCCUCCCACAUCCCCAUACCUCACCUGUAUCUCAGCACCAGGAGCCUUGGGAUUUGUCUCCAUGCGAUAACUCAUUGUUCCUCUUCACAUAAAUAUACUUCAUAUUAAGGUUUAGUAUAGAAAAUCUUGAUGGGCAUCAAAAUACCUUGAGGAUAGUCUUGUUGCAAAAUUGAUCUUCAAAGUGUCCCAUGUGUAAAGUGUGAAGGUUUUAGGGUUUGUUGGUUUUUAUAGGGAGGUAUCAGAAAUUCCUUGUUAGCAGUCAAAACUUAAUGACUAGCAUAGCAUGGAAUCCUUAUUUUAUCGCCAAACCAUAGACAUGGUUUAAAGGAUUACCUGUUUAAACAUUGUUUUGCUAGUUCUUAGGGAUGCCUAGUUAAAAUAAGCAAUAUUUUUUCUGUGCAUUUUAAUUUCUCUCAGAGAAACUGACCUGUGGGCGAGUCCUCAGUAGAUGUUUAUUUGCAGGAUUCUAGGUAGCCUUUUCUAUUGCUCUCAGUUAGGUAAAGAAGAUAGAAAUUGACUGUGGAAGCUCCUCUGUCUACUACAUUGACUGUUAUCCUAAUUCAGAAGAUGCAAAUUGUUUCCUAAUCAAAAAUGAUAUGAGGGAAUUUACUCUGGAAGGGGAAAAUCAACUGACUUUUCCAAGUCAACUUAAAUUGGCCUUUUGAAUUUCUAAAUUCAGCCUGUGGCCAAACCCUAGAACUUUGAGCCUGGGAAAGAAUUUACGUAACCAGCAGGGAGGGAGGCCCUUUGCCUAAGCACAAAGUCACAGUUUUAUGUUGCUCCCUCCACUGUAAGGAGCUUGGAAGAUGUUCUUAGGUAAGGCAGGGCCUGCUCUGGCCAUGAGCUGCAGCUCUUCUGCCUUUUUAUGUAAUCUUGAUCAUUGGAAGGCAAUUGACCUCAAAGACAUUCCUCCAUUGUCUUACUGUCAAGACUUUCUUGGGUUUAGUUAGGUGUCAUUUGAACUCCUUUGGCAUUUUUCUUUGUAGUCGUAAGUUAAACUCUUUUUACUAAGCCUGACUUCACAGGGAGUUGCUUGACUUUGUAGGUCAAAUCUCUGCACUUUAGUUCUUGUGGCUCAGUGAGUUAGUGGCCACCUUCCAUCAUUUCAACAAUCCCUUUACCUUUCAAAUGACAGAUUUUUUUCAGUUCUGAAAUUAGCACUGUUGAACAAAGACCCAACUUGGCAUCCUAUAACGUGUUACAAAUAGAGUCUAGUUAAUGUACAAUAGUGUGACUUUGGAUUUAAAUAGCCUCUGCUUUUCUUAUUGAGCAUAAGUUACUCUGACAGAAAGAGAUCAGUCAGCUUUGUAGGCAGAUGCACCUCUGGGCCUACCUUUAUCUAGAACUUUCUGACUCUUUUCUCCCCUGCCAGGCUGCCAGCCAGCCAAGGGCAGCAGAUGUCUCCAACAGUCCUUUGACAUCUUACCCUACCAAGUCAUCCAGAGGACUUGAGACAUCAGUAGUUUACCACAAAAUAAUCCCAACAAGCAAUAGUGAGGUACUUUUCUGUCACUGUUUUCCUUUCACAUUCCCAUUUAAUGUCUCGCUCUUCAGAGAACUGAUGUCCUGAGCCUUUGCACCUAAACCCUUUGCAUCUGGUGUCCAACCCAGUGGGCAGCCUUCUGCUCACACAAUAACAGGCCCAUUGCAGGUAGAGAGAAUGUCUUCCUAGGGAGAAUGUCAGUAAAUACUUGAAUAUGCAUGACAGUUUGUUGACUUGAAUGCAACCACAAGAAAAUACUACAAGUUAAGUACUUGUAUAUAGGGUAGGUUUCCUUAAGUCUCUUUGACCCAUUCUCUGUAGUUAAUGUGUGUAUCUGUACUAUUGCAGGCUUUUGAAGAAAAUUCAUGUAGAUAGUAUGUCAGGCAUCAAAGAAAAUGCUUCCUGUCAUUUGCCAAUGUCAUAUUUGUGGGUAUUUAUAGUUGAUUGUAUGUAUGUAUAUGUAUCCAUAUGUAGAGUGUGUAGCCAUAGAUGAUAUAUGUACAUCAAAUUUAUUUUUGUUCUUAAUAACCAGUGUGAUAUGAAAAGCAAGUAAAAACCUCAUAGGAUUAUAAUGCAGUUAUUGAGAGUAUAUAUAGUGGUACUGUUUUAUUAAACUUAAAUUCAAAUGAUAUUUUGAUUAAAUUUUUUAAUAAUAUUUUAUGCUAGAAAAGUCCGUCUUUGAGCUUUGAAUCACCAGGGCAAAAAUGACUCUGAACUAACUUUGUGAAACUAUUUCGGUGUACUGUGUACAAUACCUAGGGUGUAGCUCAUUAUAAUUUGGGACAUAUAAAAAGAAAAAACAAAACAAACAAAAAAAUACAGCCAGCCUGUGUAGUCUUACGAGUUCAGUAUUAAGAAAGAGCACUUAGACAUUAAGUCAACUGACUUUGGGCUUAUUACAAAAUGUGAUGCUCUAUAGCACACGUUCUUUAUUGUUGUAAUUAGCCCAGGAAAAUAGAGCUUUCAGAAGAAUGAAAUCGGUACCCAUCCGGUCGCCACUGUACCUGUGUCUGUGCCGUAGUAGAUGGAACCACCGUCCAGUGACCCUCCCUGACCGUCUUCACCUUUCCAGAAACAUUCCAGGGGCUGAAGUUGAUCAGGGCUUCCCAAGAGCGGGUACUGUAGUCUAGGUUUGCAGUUGCACAAAUUAGCACUAAGUGUCACAGGUAAAAGAAUUGCAGGACAGGCUACGGACCAGGUUAAAACUUUAUUUAAUAUUUUUAUACUUCGGUCUCUUUUCCUGCCUCUCCCCAAAGAAGAGCCACUGGCCUUAGUUGUUUGAGCUUACUGCUUCUCUUACAGUGUGUAAAUAGAUAACAUAGAGAUUAACAUUUUAUUAACCAGCAUGUUUGGUGUAUUUAAAUUAGCAAUUGAGUGCAUUUGAGUGAGUGGUGGGGUGCAGUGUACCCGUGUCAACACACUGCCUCUUGUUCUUUGUAUCUGAUUCUGACAGUGGGAGCUGCGGCAAGGGAGGCCCGUCUUCAGCUCCAGGCUGUGGUGGUUUCUUGGUAGUUACACUUGAUUUUUUUUUAAUUAAUUCUACAGUCUCAAACUAUUUUUGCAAAUGUAUCAUAUUUCUUAAUUUGUUCUUGCCAUGCUGUGAACUGGCUCUGUGACUGAGCAGCAGGGCCCAUGUUCUACAAAAGUGUGUUUCCUUCUAAAAAUUAUAGUGGUUUGCAAAAACAUCCAUUUGAUUCAGAAAUCAUAUAGAAAAGGAGUAGCAAUUUCAUUUUGGGCCUUAAUCAUUUGAAAUGUCUGGACUUUUACUAUAAAGCCAUGUAGGUUAUAAAGCCAAGUAACCAUUUGGCUUGGAUAACAAUAUCCACUCUAUAGAGAGUAUAUAUGCACAUUGAUUUGUAAUGCCACAAGGAGACAUUUUUUAAGCUAUAGGAACAAGAGAAUUAACUAGACCAAACUGAAGUGGGGGUGGGGUGGGGGAGAUUGGGUAGGGUGAGCUGGUUGCCUUCCAUUCGGGGCAGCUAUGCGUGUGUCAGGCCUCUGCUCCUGAGAGGUUCAGAUCCAGUUCACUGUAACCUUAGGUGUGUGAGGGGGAGUACCCUCACGUGUACACACACUUGCACACAUGUACACAUAGUAAAUGUUUUAAGUUACACAAACUUAAGACACAAAGGGCCAAGGCGUUGUAAAGGUGAUGAAUGAAGGGAGUGGACAUUACAUCACAGAAUGUUUUCCAAGGGCCAGCAAGGUGCUUGAACUUCAUUGUUUUAACUCAGAGAUGCAUUGCACUUUCAACCAAUCAGUGACCGGAUGCGUAGCACGUCCUUCCUGGUGUCCCACCGAGUUGAUGACUUUCUUGUAUCUCAUGAGUAGCUAUGCCCUGGCAUCCCAAAGUAGCCUGGGAAAAAUGCCAGAAAACUGGUAUGCAUCCUUGCCCAGGGUGGCAUUCCUUUGAGAAGUACAAGGUCAGACGCAACAAGCACUUAGCAUGGAGCACUCUGUGGACUGUCCACACUCCCCUCUGAGCUGUAUGCUGAACAGGUAGGCACUUUUCCAUCAGCAACGACAGCCAGGAAGGAUGUGAGAAGGAACCUAGCUAAAAUAGAUUUCCCUUUGCAGGGUAGAGAGCUGAGCUCUCACUAAUAGUGUUAAAAAAUAAGCACCUUAACUUCAAUUCCUGAAAAUGUUGGCUAGAGAAAAUUUUGAAAUUUCCUUUCCUGUCCCUCCUGAGCCUGCAUUGCGAAGUCUUCAGACGCUCCCAAAAGUGUUCCAGCCACAGGCUCAGUUAAGGACAGCCUGCAGGCCAGAGGCUCCUUGCUCUGAACCCUGAACCGCAGGGCACUGAAGUGGGGGGAUGGUGUGGCCUCUUUACAAAGAGGAGCUCCCCCCCACCCUUGCCUUCUGCACAGGGGCUUCUGAGCCUCAGCACACCCUGGGCUUCACACCCCCCAUCCUGGAUUUAGAAAUCCAGCUGUCCCAGCGAGCUGACCCUGCUAAGGCAAAAUAUGAAAACAGAGGGACUGAGUCUCGGGGGUGACAUAUGACAUGGGUAUAAAAAAAAAAACCUCUGACUGAUGUCAAGACCACAUAUUUUGCCUCCACAAGAUGUAAGCUGGCACACUGAGUACCCAGGGAUGGCUGAUAUCUUUGCCUUUGCUUCCAUAUUUCUGGAAAUGGGUAAUGUUCCAUUUCUGUGGGAAGGGUUAGGAACACUAAGCCUACUGCUUAGCACUUCUGCUCAGUCUCUAUGAGAGCUGUCGUGUAACGACUUCAUGCCUCCCUGAAUUCCCUUCUACCUCAACUUGUAGAAGCCCAUUUCUAGAACAGAAAUGUACGCAAGUGGAGGAGUAGCACUGUCGGCCCUGAUUAUGCAGUGCAGGCAGAAGGAUGGUAGUUUGUACCUGUGAAUAUACAACAAGCUUUUAACUUUUCCAGCCUAUUUAUCUGGAUUAUAUUUACUGUGGCUCAAACUAAUGGACAGUGUGGAACAUUCCUUUACCUUCAAAGUUUUCUUCACCAAUCAUUUCAGUCUCAUUGCAGUCCUGGUGCCAUAUGUCCCUGCAAAUUGUGAAAGUAAUUAGUGACAAAAUAGCAGCCUACUCCUUUUCAGUGGCCAAACUGUCAGCAUUAGCAGACUUGAGUAAGCUAGCGGUACCGGAUCAUGUACUGGAAACCUGUUCCUCACUGUCACCCACCAGAUUCAAGAAAUGCCAUCUCCUAAGAAAUUGUGGCAUUUAUGGUGGUCACCUUUUGAAUGGAACAGUAAUUUCUGUGGAUAUUGUUAAAGUGUUUAAAGACUAUUUUGAAAUUAAGUUUACAUUUUACAAUUGCUUUAUUUUUUAUUAAAAUAAUUGUAUAUAAAUAUUACCCUAUUUCACUGUUGAAGUAAAACCUAAACCGUGUAGACCAGUGAGUCAGCUGAUGUGUAUAGAAGCUGUGACAUAUAAAUAGUACAUUUCUCUAUUGUGUAAAUGUUCAUGAAUAUAAUUGUUCCUGUGUUUUUAUAAGUUGGGGGUAAUUUGUUGUUGUACAACAACAAAAUUUAUUGCAUUGAAAUGGUUUUUAUGUCAUAGAAAUCAUGCAAAAUAGUGAAGGAUUUAAAAUAUGUAUAUGAUAUAUGUAAAUGUACAAACUUUAGAAAGAAAUAAAUCCAACAAAUUUCAAUCGUU